CAAAACAUAACCUUAAUUUUUUUUCCACCGACUUGACAUGUCAAAUAUGUUGUUGGAAAGAAUAUUUUAAUAAAAAGAAAGAAAAUAAUUAUUUUUUAAACACAGUGAAUACUUUUUUUUUCUAUUAUUUCGAAAAUGACGACAAAUAAUGUUUCAAUUGAAAGUGAAAAUUCGAAAGAAAAUCCAAUUAAUUCAGACGAUGAAACUGAAGAAAUAAAGUUAAAUUUAUCGGACACAAAUAAUGAAAUUCCUCUAUCACCUGCUGAAAGUUCGAAAAGCAAUGAUAAUGAAAAUAAAAAAGAAAAUUCCGAGAAUGAAAAUAUUAUCGAAAAUUCGAAAAUCAACAAUGAAACUGAAAUAAUGAAUUUAGAAGAAAAUUUUAAGGAUAAAAAUAAUGAUAAUGUAGGAUCAUCAAUAUCUUUGAAAUUAAUCGAUGAAAAUGAAAAUAAAGAUGGGAAAAUUUGUGAAAUUGAAAAAAAAAUAAUUGAAUCCAAUAAAAGUGAUGACGAUGAUGAAUUUAUAAAUUUUAAAGUCAGCAAAAAAUCAUUGCAAACAAGUGGCAAAAAAUUUACGCUCAUCGAUAGCGAUUCAGAUGAUGAAAAUAUUUUUCAUUCAAAAAAAAUGUCAACAAUUGACGAGGAAACAAAGUCAGUUUCUGAAAUGUCGUUCAAAUCAAAUUCUGACGACACAAAAAAAACGAAAUCAAGACUAACGAAUAUUUUUGACUCCGACUCCGAUGAUGAUGAUGAUGAUGAUGACAAAAAGAGUUUAGCGGAAAAAAAAUCCCAAAAUAAUAUUUCAAAAGCAAAUGACAAAAAAAUGUCGAUAGUUGAUUCCGAUUCUGAAAGCGAGACAAAUAAAUCGUCUGAUAAUAAUAAUGAUGAAUUUAAUGGAAAGAAGAAAAAAUUAAUAAAAAAGACAUCGAGUGCAAGAAAAGAUUUAAUUGAUUCCGAUAAUUCCGAAUCAGAUGGCAAUUUAAGUAAUGAAGAAUUUUCUGCAUCAAACAAUGAAAAUAAAUCAGAAAAAACAAAAGAGAAAAAAAGAAAGGGAACAGCGAGAGCUUCGAAAGAUGCUGCGAUGCAACAAAUAUACAGCGAAUCACAAAGAUUAGUGAGAGAAUCGGAAAUUUCACUUCCAUAUCAUCGACCAAAACAACGUACAUUACAAGAAUUUCUUAAUCGAAAAAAAAUCUCUGCAUCUCUACCAAAAACUAUAACAACAGCGGCAAAAGUAAAAAUGUUCGACGACAUUAUUAUAAAAGCCGUCGAGGAAAAAGAAAAAGAAGCGGAGAAAUUUUAUAAAUCUUCCGAUUCAGAGGAUGAAAAUGAAGAAAUAAAAAUUCAAAAUUCAAUUGAAAAAAGUCCCGUUAAAAAUAAUCAACAAUCUGAAAUGAAUUUUGAAAUAAAUGAAAACAACGAAAUGUCAAUUAAAAAUAUUGAAAAUUUAGAAAAUCAAAAUGAUGAAAAAAUAGAAACUAAUAAUUUUAACGACAAUAAUGAAAAUAAAGAAAAUUUAUUGGAAACAAAUAAUAUUGAUGAAAAUAUUUCUCACGUAUCGCGAAAAUUAUUUACAAAUGAAGAAAAUUUCAAAGAAUUUGAAAUUAAUUCGAAUAAGGAGAAAAUAAAUGAUACAAUAGAAACAAUGGAUAUUGAUACAAAUGAUUUUGAAUUAAGAUUUUCAGUUAAUGAUUUUGACACUGAAUUCAAUCUCAAGGAAACUGAAAUACCAAGAAAUAAUGAAUUACAAAAGAAUGAUAGUGAAAUUUCAUUGAAUAAUAAAAAUUUAGAGAAAAAUUUAUCAAAUUCAACAAUUGAAAUGAAUUCAGAAAUGAAUUUAUGUUCAUCGAUUGAUGAAAAUUCUUUGAGUAAUUUAAAAACGUCAAUUGAUGAUUCAAAUUUAUUGACAAAUUCCAAUUUUCCAAUUGAAAGGAAUUCAGAUUUGAAUUUAGAGACUGAUUCGAAUUGUUUAGAAAAUUCUGAUUUAUUGAGAUUAAACGAGAAAGAAAAAGAGAUAGAAGAAGAAAUUGAAGAAGAGAAGGAAGAAGAAGAAAAAGAAGAAGAUGAAAUUGUGAAUGCAAUUUCAAAAGGACAUGUUCUUGGCUUACCACCGCCAAGUGAAGAAGAUAAAAUAAUCAAGAAAAAAAUGUUAAAAGAAAAAAUUUUAUCCCAUUUUCUCAACGUGACACCAACUCUUCAUGGAUCGCCAGGAACAACAAUAGAAUUAUCAGAGGAGAAAGAUCAUGAGGGUGUAAAAAAAUUAGUCGACAGAUUUGUUCGUCAUUCACAUAUUAAUAAAAUUGAGGAAAAUUCGGAUGUUACGAUGAUUCAUACGGAAGUGACACCCGAGGGUUUAAAAAUUACUGAACAGACUCUUCCGUACACAAUUCCAAAGGUAACGGAGGAAUCAGAUUUAAAUAAGCCUGGAGCGAAAUUACAUAAAUUACGGGAACAAUUGCAACAGAAAAUAAUUAACAAAAGAAAUGAGGAAUGGCGUCAAAAAGAAGAAGCUACCAAAGCAAUUGAGGAUGAAUUUGACGAUGAGGAACUCGAACCCGAGGAUAAGGAUGAGGAAAAAGAAAUUGACGACGAGGAAAGCGCCGAAAGUGAACCCGAAGAAAAUGAUGUAAUCAUAAAGGAGAACAAAAAAUCGAAAUGCGAUUUUGCUGAUGAUGAAGCCGAGGUGAGUGAUGAUGAGGAAAAUCAGUUCGACGAUAAGGAGGAGGAGGAAGAAGAAGAAGAAGAAGAAGACGAAGAAGAAGAAAAAGAAGAAGAUAUCGAUGAAAAAAUCGAUGACGAAGAAGAAGAAGAAGAAGAAGAAGAAAAUAAAGAAGAAGACGAAGAACAAGAAGAAAACGAUGAUCAUCCAAAAAAAUUACGUCGCAUCACCGCUGCAUUUCAAGACGAUUCCGAUCAAUCGGAUUUAGAAGAAAAUACAAAAACUCCACCGAAAAUAACAACAAAUACAAAAAAAAAAUUCACAAGAACACAAACGGACGUUGAUAUGUUUGAUGACAUAAGCGAUGGUUACACAAGUGAAAUUGAAUUAAAUCUCACAAAAGCCGAUUCCUUAAACAGUCAAACAAUAGAAUCAACAUUGAAAGAAAGUAAUUUAACAAUUUUUAAAAAUAAAUCAUCAAAUAUUGAAUCUGAAUUAACGCCUUUUUCACAAGAAGACACAUUAAAGGAGAAUUAUCCAAAAAAAUUAUUCACAACACCACUAGAAAAUUCUGUUAAUGACGAUGAACUCAUGGAUCUUUGUUCGGGAAAUUUUGCAUCCGUCGCUACAUCAUCGUCAUCAACUCACAUUAAACCAUUAAUGAAUCCACAAAUAAAUUCACUAGUCACCGAAUCACAAAUUCUUGAAUUAUGUUCAGGUAGUUUUGCAUCAGAAAUUGAUGAAAAUUCACAAGAUAUAAAAUUGACAUUCGAUGAUGAAACAUCAAAAAGUCCAUUUAAAUUGUCAAAGAAAAAUGAUGAAAAAUUUCAAGAAUCAUCGAAAAAAUUGAAAACCUUACAUAUUAUUUCUUCGGAUGAUGAAGAAGAAGAAGAAAAAGACGAAAAAAGAAAUCAAAGGAAAAAAAUAGCGAAAUUAAUUUUAUCCGAUGAUGAAGAAGAUAAAGAAGAAGAAGAAGAUGAAUCCGAUUUGGAAAACUAUGAAGAAGAAGAAGAAGAGGCUUUUGUCGAUUAUGAUUCCGAAGAAAACGAAGUAGUAAUUCCAAAAACUGAAAUUGGUCAACAUGUGGCGAAAAAAUUCUUCGAAGCCGAAGCUGAAUUAAGUGAAAGUGAAUGGGGUUCAGAGGAUGAAGACGAAAAGGAUUUGGAUAAAUUGGAAAAAGAAGCAGGCGAUGAUGAUGAAUUUGAUGAGGUUCAAAUGCGUAAUCAAUUGGGUAAAAUUCAUGCACGACAAGUGCAAGACGACGAUCAACGUGAAGUGAAAUUAUUACAGGAUAUGUUAUUUGAAGAUGGUGAUUUACAUUCAGAUGGUGCGGGUCGUGAACGUAAAUUUCGUUGGAAAAAUAUUGAUAAUAAUUUAGUGUGGAAUGAAAUGGGAACAGGGGUCAAUAAUGAUGGGGAAUUAAUUGAAGAUGCUUUAGAUGAUCAAAGUGAAUUGGAAUUACGUAAAUGUCGCUAUGAAAAGGAGAAAUUUCUUGAGAAACAAAAUAAUGAUGAUAUUGAUGAUGAUUUUAAUGAUAGCGAAAUAUUUAAAUGUGCAUUACGCGUUAGAAAUACAAUUGUCAAGAAUGAUAAUUUAAUAAGUAGCGAGGAAAAUGUGACAGUAAAGAAAGGCAAAAAACCAUUGGCACCAAGUAUUAUUCCAAGUCUUUUGGAAAAAUCAACGUUAAAUAAAUCUCCCUCGAUGAAGCUUCCAAUACGUGGCUCAUUCCUUGCUCGUGGAGAUGCGACUUUAGCCAGAAUAGCAUCCAUAAUCGAUGAAAAAGAUAAGGUGAUUCGUGCUCCAUUAAAUGGGCGGAGAUUUGUUUUUGAACACAUAAGUCCCUCGGUAAAAGAUGCUGAAAAAAUUCAAGAAGAUGAAUCCUCACCGUCAACGUCGUCGAGAAAGUCACGAAAAAGAACAUCGACAUCUGACUCAACACCAAAAUCCAAUAAAAAAAUGAAAGUUGACAAGGAGUCUAGUGGCAAAAAAUUAUUCAGUUAACGAGUAUAAAACAAAAAUUUAAUUUAAUUUCCGGGUAGAUUAGAAGCAAAAAAAAAAAAACCACAAGAAAUUGUAUAUAUUGUAAACUAUUACAUAAAAGUUUGGUAUACAUGUUUAUAAUAAUAUUUUUUAAAAAUAUUAUUGUUUUUUACAUAUGAAAUUAAUAUUAAUAAUUAUGUGAAAAAUAAACAAAAUAAUGUUUA